GUCGACCUUGACUGCUCCGCAGCACCAUCACGCAAACGAUGAAGAGACGGUGCCGACGACAGUAACCAGAGGAUAUGUGGCUGCUGCUGCUGCGCACAGCGCACCGGUGCUUCCAUUACCCGAACAGGUGCACUUACCUCCAGAUGAUACGGUGUUAUUUUCACCUUCAGCAAUGCUGCCACAUCCGUGCACAUCGGUCGCUGCUUCUACCUCCGCACCAGCACUGGUACCACUCGGACCAUUUUCCGCUCAAUCAGCGGCCCUAUCCGACCGCCCGGAAUCUUCAGCUUCACGUUUUUCCACAUUUCUGCCGUCAGCAUCUACUCGGUCCAGCCCUUGUUGUCCCUCAAGCGCUGCUGCUCUAAACCCAUCAGGGGCAGGACGCAGUGCCAUUCGAGGCGGAUCCCCGGAGACAAGCACAAGUGUGCCGACCGAAACCUGCUCGAUCUGCCUUGAAGAUUUUAACACGGGUGAAAUGAUCCGCGUCCUGGCCUGCUAUGCAAAGCACGAGUUCCACGCAGCUUGUGUAGACCCCUGGCUUCGUAGCAGGCCGUCGUGUCCUACCUGUCGCUACGACUUUACACCGCUCCGCAGCGUCAACCGCCCCGAUGCAAGCCAGCUGGAGAAAGGGCCCGAGACGGUGGCCGGUGCAGCAACUACGACAACGACAGCAAGUACAGAGGUGGCAGCGGCGGCAGUGACGAUGCCUUUGACGGACGCGACGGCGCUUGCGGGGCAGUUUCCUCAGCCCCGGACAGCUACACAGCAUUCGUCUAGACGUUCUGGGAUGCCCAGGACGCCUUGGUGUGGUGUCUUUCGAUAGCAUUGCAAGCGAACUCGCUCACGCGCAGCUAGCUUCAUUUGCAAGCCGACCAUCAAUAUUCACAAGCUUACCGUAGUUGCAGCACCGUUUCAGCCGUGGCACUUUGAAAAGCGCAGCAGAAUCUAAUCUAGUAUGAUACGAAUUUACGAGGAGUUUUCCUUGAUCAACAGCCUCAUGUAAAAGCUUAGAUGCGGACGAAGGGGUAGAAACCGU